UUAAUGAGCGGAUGUAAGGAGAUUGGAAAUAAAAUAUAAGAUUCUAGUAGCCCGUAUUUUCAACUAAAAGGAACUUGCGUUAAAGUCCACUUUCCUUAUGGUAAAAGACUUGAUGCAAGAGGUCAUGGGAACUCCAUUCUUAUUAGCCAAGGUCCAAAAAGACUAAAACCCUUCUAUCUAACUCUUAACUGCAAAAAUAAAAACCAUUUUGCUCACUGUCUUCGGUUGAUCCAUGGAUGCAAAUUUUGUAUUCGAAGCCCCUAGUGACAGAGAGCUCGAAAACGAGGAAGAGGAAGAAAGUGAAACACAAAAAUCUCAAUCUCCAUGGGAGUUUUCUGCAUACUCUGAAUCAGUCGCCGAAGAGCAUGCGCGAAGGAGCACAACUUCCAUAGAUUUCAAGAUCUCUAGAGCCCGUGAAGAAUGUUCAAUCCCGCUACUCAAUCACAGCGAUGACAAUAGCACUGAAUCCGAACCAGAUAAGCAAGAAAACUACAAGCCCAAAGAAGGCGAUGAUAAUAAGAAUGUUAGGGACAGUAAGUCCUUCUUUGCACCUUCGGAUGGGGCGCAAAGAAGUUGGCGAUUUGUGAUGUGAUCGCAGGAAGGGAAGACAGAAGCUGUGCAGAGAGACAAGAGAGAGGUUGCGUGUGGAAAAUCGCUGAGGAUGCUACCGCGUACGGUACACUACACCCAAUUUAUGAUUAAAGAGUAUCAAACACACCUUCCUGCUGCUGGUGUCAAUGCAAAUGUAAUUGGGCUGCCCGCUGUACCUACCCGAACCGGUCCGGUUGGAUCCUUUUCUCAUCAGUUGGGCCAAAUUUUACGGGCGAUGGGCCGAAAAUGGCAAGAGGGCAGGUUCGGAGAGGGUUUUGUGCAUUUAAGACUACUUUCUUCCUUAUACCUCUCAGCUCGUAUCCUUUCCAAAACCAUAAUGGAUUCAUUUUUUAUGGGUGUUUGACCUGAUGCAUUUCACAAACGGGAUGCAAAUUGAUUAGGCAUUUAAAGUGAUUUGACUUAAUAUUAUAAUAUAUUUGUAAUGAUAAUUGUGUGAGAUUUACUAAAAAUAGUUAGCUUUUUUCAAAUUUUGAUGUAUCAUCUUAUCGAGGCAAGAAAUGCCAAAUUUGCAUUUAAAGAAACCCCUCCUUUUCUAAAUCCCAAAACUAAUCAUUACAAAAAUGUUUUUUCAAUAAACAGGAUCGCCAAAUAUAAUUUUCCGUAACUCGGACCGAUUGGACCAGCUCGAUGAAUUGGCUCUGGGUCUUAAAAAAAAUUCCCAAUUACUAUCAGGCCAAAAUCGGAUCCACCUUGUCCUGAACCGAUUUGGACCCGAUCCUAUAUAUAUAAUUCAUAUAUGCCAUAUUUAAAUAAGAUGGGGCUAUGUGUCAUUUCCGUAGGGUUUCUUUCAAAACCCUACCGAAAUGCUGCCCACAACCCCCUAACUGUCUAACCCUUUUCGUUUUUGUCUUUCUGAUGAGUGAACUAAAAAGACUGGUCUUUCUUCUUUCACUCUUUCUCUGAAUCUCUUCUCAAUUCUCAUUUGAAACUUGGAAAGUUGACAGAGGAAGUUUUAUCUAGACCUUCUGGUGACUUAGUGACUCUGGUUCGAUCUAUCUCAUCAUCUAGAGAGUGGAGGCUGAGGGCUGAAAGCACAUCGGUCAUCGCACAACACAAUCAACACUACAGUCGUUCGUCCGUCCAUCAACAGUAA